AUGGUUGCAAUCGUCGUUACAAAUAUCAAAGUUACCGGAAAAUUUAUUUGUUUGAAUGCCUGUGGUCGUCAGUAUAAGUACAAGAGAGAUCUCAAGAGACACAUGAAGUACGAAUGUGGACUAGAGAAACAUUUCAAGUGUCCUAAUUGCCCUAAAGCGUUUCGUCGAGGAAACCAAUUAAAAACUCAUAUUGAGCAUUUUACUACUAAAGAAUUUGUUUGCCCGAAUUACUGCGGACAUCACUACAAGCGUAAAGGAGAUCUUCAAAGGCACUGGAAGUACGAGUGUGGGCAACCGAAGCUCUUCAAGUGUCCUCAAUGUCCUAAAUCCUAUGGCCGCAAAAGUAAAUCGAAAGGUAUAUUCAUCUGUCCGAAUACCUCUUGUGGUCGUCAAUACAAAUACAGACAAGGACUUUGGGCACAUUUGAAAUUCGAAUGUGGGCAACAGAAACAAUUCCAAUGUGCUUAUUGCACCAAAGCCUUUCAUCAUAAAACCAAACUAAGAAGACAUAUUGUAACUGUUCAUAAAAUACUCGUGUGA